AUGAGACUUCUCCUCCUGCUACUCACGGCGAUAUGGUGCGUUCACGCUUGCCGCAUAGAACAACGGACUGGAGAUUGGAAAUUCGGAGUUUUCCUAACGCUUUGCGACACCGACGACUGCGGCACCGAUCGAAAGUGUAGCAGGUUUAGCAGACGUCAAGAUCAAGUCAGAACACUGCUUUUUGAUCCCAGAGCGCCUUUCUUUCCGAGCAGUACGUUAUCAGUGGGCCAGUCACAUGCACUAUGGUGCCCUUUAUGGGGAGAAAGCAAAGUGCUACGGUAG